CAGGCUCCCGUGACUAUAACCACGAGAGAUUCUCGAGCUCCAGACCCUUCGCUGUGUAGUACAACAUGGACAACGCUACAUCGACCACGGAAAACCAGCAUGCGCCAUGGCUACCGAUCCCGUCACGUGCCGUCUCAGUCGUCGAACACCCGGCCAUCGUCAAAAACGUUGACAAAGGCAUUACCUCAUUAGGUGGGCCUGUCAAACUGAGCAAGGGCUUGCGAUCUCGAUUGGAAACCACGACCAACGCCGAGGGUGACGAUGAGCUCAAGAAACUCAUAUCCGUCUCGUUGCGCCCAGACGAUCCCUUCGCCAAGCGUUUGCUGUCUACACCUGUGAGGACGAACAACCUCCUGCUCAAAGUAACAGUGCCAAAGCGAACGGGACGCAAACGAAAGCGCGGAACCUCAGGUCCUUUUCUUUCUGAAGACGAAGUAGGCAGCCAUGGCAAUGGAGUCUCAAACGGUAGUACUACAGUCAAUAAGACGUACGUGGAUGCAUCAACCAUCUACAGGAGUUUGCAAGACAAUGCCUCAACAUACAAAGUCACUCUGGCAGGGGUCGUGGAUGAGACCCAUCGAUUUCGAAAUAUGCCUGACUUGCAAUGUGCUGCUUCUCAUAACAAGAUCAUGGUUGGCCUCCGAGACCAUGUUCUACCAAAACGAUACGAACAGCUGAAAAAGUACAAUGUGAACACUGCGGCCGGUGCAGACCUUACGGAAAGCGUCGGACCGUCUCCAGAGUUCAUACAGAUGCCCAUCGCUUUCAACUAUCGGUUCCAGCAAAAUGCCAAUGUCAAGUACACCGACCAAGGUGUGGUCAACAUACAGAGAAGCUUGGCCUAUAAUGCAUACACGAUCGUUAAGCCCACCGAUGAGCACGUACCGACAGGACCACGACCAGGUCUCCCAGCAGAGAGAGAUCUUACGCCUUACAUGCAGUCACUGAUAGCUAACAUUCGAGCUUUACUUUUACAAAGACCUAUCGUUACCCGCCAGCUACUAUACAACAGACUCGGCUGGGACAAGCGAACAAAGCUUCGGCAAGCAGCCAUAUAUUGCGGAUACUUCUUCGAAAGUGGACCCUGGCGAGAGGCUCUGAUACGAUGGGGUGUCGACCCUCGCAAAGACCCUGAAUAUCGAAAAUACCAGACUGUGUCAUUCCUGUCUUACAUCAAGUCAGGCACGUCCAAGCACCGCGCUGUCUUCGAUCAACAUGUUAUGAAACUGGCAAAGAUGGCUCCAGAAGAGCUAGAGUCUGAGCACACUUUUGACGGCUUCAAUGUCUCGCAGACAGGCAAUCUCUUCCAAUUCUGUGACAUUACCGACCCCCUCAUUGCGAAGAUACUAGCCACAAAAAACAUCCGAACAACUUGUGCACCGACAUUCCAAGGAUGGUAUCACGUUGGGACAUGGGCCAAAGCCACGGUAAUUUUGAAGGACAAAAUGAACACCAUCAUCGGUGGUGACAAGCCUGAUGAUAGGAUCUACCAGCGUAUCGUCACUUGGCCUGAGUUGUGGGAUGACAGGGACAUGGCUGCCCAGUAUAAGGGUGAGAUUGACGACCGUCAGUUACACCACGAGAAGAGGAGGGAACAUCAGGUAAUGCACAAUGUGCGCUGGGCUGCAAGAAACCCUCGUUAUGCUUUUGAAAAGAUGGAAGCACGUGACGAGCAGGAAAAAGAGACCGAAGAGGAGCAGGAGCCAGAGAACGUUGAUGUUCCUGAGGACAUGACAGAAGAUCCUGUUCAGCCCGACACUAUUUUGAACGCAGAUAUCGGAGAGGCAGAGGAUGAAGAAGAUGACCAAGACGGGGAAGCAGAUGAAGAUGAUGACAUGCAAGUCGAUAACAGGGACGAAAACGUCUAUAGUAGUUCGGACGUGGAUGAUGAUGAUGAUGACAGUGACAGCCCAGUGGUGUCUGUACGAGCGGCAUCAGAAGGACCGGUUCCAUUUGGCGGCUACUACAAGGUGUGAAGUGGCUAGAGAUCCUGUGGUACUGAGGAGGCUGGGGUUCAACAGCCGCAAUUUCUGCAUUCAUGACUGUGCUCUUAUCUGGCUACAUUUGUCUCACAGAUGGAUAGCCCGAGGUAAAGACUUGUUGCGGAAAUCCGUAGGCGUAUGUUGCGCAUCGCUCGCGAACCAACAAACCCUAUAUAAAAAAUAGAUCAAAAUUACAGAUCAGUCUUCUAUAUGAGCGAAGCUCAGCAUUGCUGGAGUAGACGGUGAGGUCAAGCGCAA